GAGAUGUGGUGGUUUCAGGAAGGGUUGUGUAUCCUGCCCGUGUCUCUGGUAGUAUGGACAGCAGCUACGUUUGUGUUUGCUUACAUCACAGCGGUGGAGCUGCGGCACGUCGACCCCUUCGUCCCCUACAUCAGGUGAAGGUCCUGCAGUUUCUACACUACACCAGAGAUGCUUACGGUGCACACACUUCAUCUUGGGAGUUAUUUUUAAAAAGUGAAAAUGAUCUACCUACAUUACAACAUGCAUAUAUAUAUAUAUAACAUGUUUAUAAAUACACUGAGUAUACUUUAUAUAUAUAGUUUAUAUUUUUGUACUUUGCUUAACUGCAUGAACCCUUAUGACACAAUACAAUUCAGUACAUUAGAGGUCACUACAUUACUCUGAUGAUUAACACUGAAUAGGGACAGUCAGGGUUGUGUAGUCUGUACAGUCAGGGUUGUGUAGUCUGGACAGUCAGGGUUGUGCGGUCUGGACAGUCAGGGUUGUGCGGUCUGGACAGUCAGGGGUUGUGCGGUCUGGACAGUCUGGACAGUCAGGGUUGUGCGGUCUGGACAGUCUGGACAGUCAGGGUUGUGGGGUCUGGACAGUCAGGGUUGUGCGGUCUGGACAGUCUGGACAGUCAGGGUUGUGGGGUCUGGACAGUCAGGGUUGUGGGGUCUGGACAGUCAGGGUUGUGGGGUCUGGACAGUCAGGGUUGUGCGGUCUGGACAGUCUGGACAGUCAGGGUUGUGCGUUCUGGACAGUAGCUUCUGCUUCUGAGCCUCAAGCAGAAUUCCAGAUGAUCAUCAAUCCUGGUGGAACAGUAUUUGGAUUUAAUAAUGUUAAUUUAAGAAAAGGCUGAAUCUCGUAAAUCUCGGUGGUGUUACUGGUGGAGUUUUGCAGUAGCUCACGCACGUGUAGUACCUGAGGAGAGAUCUCACUCUGUGCCGUACUUUGCGCCCCGCACACUCUGCACCCCACACCCACACUUUACACCCUUCACAAUGUCCUGAUGUGUGUAUGUGUAUCUGUGUGAGAUGCAGUGACACAGGAACAGUUCCCCCUGAGAGGUGUGUGUUUGGGAUCAUGCUCAGUGUCUCAGCAUUUUUGGGCAUUGCCACUAUGUAUGUGCGUUAUAAGCAGGUGGAAGCUCUCACUGCUCAGGGAGAAAAGAAGCUGCUGAAGCUAAACACUCUGGGAUUUGUGCUCGGAUGCAUCAGUUCCUUUGGCAUGUGUGUGGUGGCAAACUUCCAGAAGACAACGUUGUUCUCGAUGCACCUGGUGGGAGCCGUGCUGACGUUCGGUGUGGGAGCACUCUAUAUCCUCACACACACACUCGUCUCGUACCGCAUGCAGCCGCACAUACACACCAAACCAGUCUUCUGGGUUCGACUCAUCCUCAGCUUGUGGACCUUCAGCAGCAUCAUCAGCAUGUUUGUAUCCUCAGUGAUUCUGUACAGCAGCUUGCCAGGAAUAGAGGUGCACAAAAAACUUCACUGGAACCCUGGAGAACCUGGUUAUGCAGCUCACACAGUGAGCACAGUCUCUGAAUGGUCUCUGGCUUUUUCCUUUAUUAGCUUCUUCCUCACCUACAUCAGAGACUUUCAGAAGAUAAACCUGAGAGCGGAGGCGGACCUUCAGAGCAGUAAUUUGCAUGACCCCUCCCAUUUUGGAUCCACAUGGACCUCUGGAGAGACUUCCCCCUUACUGGCUGGAUCCAUUUAACACACACACACACACACACACAUUUUUAUAAAUCUAAUGUGUCCAGCAGGAGCUUUGUGAGGAGCAGCAGAUGGAGAUGUGCUUCUCCUGGCAUGGUUCUGUUUCUCCUGUUUCUCCCCUGGUGGUCCUGCCCCUCUUACAAACACACUGAUUUAAUUACAACUGCUCCCGUACACUUCCCCUUCACGCCACUAUACUCUGUGUGUGUGUGUGUGUGUGUGUGCGUGUGCGUGUGUGAGAUACACGCAGAAAUGUUCUCUAUAUGUUAGCUGUACGCUCCUUAGCCAUAUUAGCAUUCGUUAUCAUGUAUGAAGGAAGUGAACGAUUCUUCGCCUCCUGGUCGUGUAUCAGAGCUGGAGAUCUCUAAACCACAACAUCCUGUACAUCUCCUGUGUCAUCUGAUCACCACCCACACACACUCUUACUUUAUAUCACUUUAUUUUUAAUGAACACACAGUGCAGGAAAUUUGCAGCUGUAUC